AUGGAUCCCACUAUCAACACGGUUGCUUUGUCCGAAAUGAUCCCCACUACAUCUGUCGCGGCCAAUCCUAGUCCCUCAGUAGAAACAGAAUCGUCCAUGGAAGUCAUCGCUAGUCUAGAGCAACAAAUUGGUGAACUGAACUUCCUGACAUUUGCUCCUCCAAAAGCUCCAACAGUAACACAUCAUGCUCCGCCAGUGUACACUUAUGUCACUGUUCCACCUGUUACCAAGGCUCGGGAGUUUCACCGCCAAGAUGUUAAUCAUUAUGUUGAAAUUGAAAAUGAUGCAAAAUCAAUUGAUGUUGAAAUGAUGAAUAAGAAGAUUAAAAGCUUAGAAGAUGCUAUGAGAGGUCUUCAUGGGUUCUAUAGUAGGCAGAGUGUGAGAUAUGAAGAGUUGUGCACAUUCCCUGAGGUUGAGCUUCCACUCGGUUACAAGAUUCCAAAGUUUGAAAAGUUCAGUGGAUCAGGAAAUCCUUUCUUUCACUUGAAAAUUUACUGUGAAAAGUUGAUUGGCGCUGGAAACAACGAAGGGAUAAGAAUCAAGCUUUUCAAUCAAAGUCUGACUGGAAAAGCCUUGAUCUCUAUUACCAAGCUAAAACCUAAGUCGACUGAAUGCUUUCGAGAAUAUGCCAUUCGUUGGAGAGAGGAAGCUGCUAGGGUGCACCCACCUAUGGAGGAAUCAGAAAUGAUCACCUACUUCAUUCAAGCUUAA